UCCUGUAGCAAACAAACAACUUAUAUAUAUAACAUCAAUAUGAGUUCAACUGAAAAAAAUAAAAUUUUAAAAACUAAAAAGAAACGAAAAAGAAGUAAUGAGGAUGAUUUGCAGAGGUCAGCAAAGAAAGUAAAAGGUAAGAAUAAUAAUGAUGAGCAAAGCUCCCCUGCAAACCAACCUUUGCCCAAAGCUGGAGGAAAGAAACGUCUGAGAGACAACGAAGAACCACAGGAUGAAAUAAAAAGGAGAAAGGUAGAAAAUGAGGGGAAUAUAGAGAAGACCCCCGCUACCCAGCCUGAUGCAGGUAUCCAUGGUAAGAAACGUUGCCGGAGUUCAGAUGAGGGGAUUGCAUGGAAGCAAGUGAAAAAGAUGAAGUCUCCAGCAUGUCAGCCUGGACCAUCUCACUGCCCAACGGAGCAACCCAAGGAACCAGCAGAAGAAUGUUCCAGCUACAGUCCAAUCUCUAUUGAGAGAUUUUUCUUCCACCAACACUUAGGAAGUGGGAGUUAUGGCAAGGUGAUGUUGGCAAUGGACUCUGUCACAUCCCAAUAUAUAGCCAUAAAGACUCUAAAGAAGAGGAAGCUCCUAGAAGAAGAUGAGCGCGAGUUCAUAAUGGUGGAACAUCAGAUAUUGCAGAUAGCAAAUGAAUGCAAGUUCCUGACGGGAUUAUAUGCUGCAUUCCAUAAUAAGGAUUAUGUCUUCUAUGCUAUGGAAUAUUUACCUGGAGGAAGCUUAGGAGAACUGCUGUCAGCAAGAGGACCACUAAAUAUUGAAACUGUAAGGUUCAUAGCUGCAGAGUUGAUAUGCGGAAUCUCCUUUCUGCACUCCAAAGGCAUUGUCCAUCGUGACCUGAAGCCAGAAAAUAUCCUACUGGACUCUGUCGGUCAUAUUAAAAUAGCAGACUUUGGUCUCGCUCUAGAGAAUAUGUUUGAAGGACAGACAGCCACAGAAUACGCCGGAACUCCAGGGUACAUUGCACCAGAGAUGACAGGAAAAAAGAAAUACAAUGCGUCUGUCGACUGGUGGUCAUAUGGGAUUAUACUGUAUGAGAUGGUAACUGGAAAGAUGCCAUUCCAAUCCAUUCCAAAAGGUGAAAUCAAAUGUUUAAGGACUUUAAAAGGUGAUAUUAAGGAUCUCAUCACAAAGCUCCUGCGGAAAGAUCCUGCUGGUCGGCUUACAGAUGCAAGCAGCAUGAAAGCCCACCCUUUCUUUAAUCCAAUAGUUUGGGAGGACCUUGAAGCAGGUAGAAUGGAGCCCCCCUUCAGUAUGCCCAGAGUGAUGAUAACUGAAGAAGUGCUGCCACAUGAGCAGGUAUUAUGUUCAGAAGAAGAGAAGUCUCCAAUUGCUAAAAAGGACCAAUCACUCUUCAAAGGGUUCACAUAUGUGAGUCCCUGCUGGAGAGCAAGCUCAGCUCCAACUACUGAGCAACAGAUAGAAAAGAAGAAGGAAGAGAGAGAAAAAGAGAAGGAGAAAGAAAAAGAGAAAGAGGAGAAAGAGCAAGACCCUUACGAAAACCUGGCUGUCCAGGACAAAGCCGAACAGGUGGAAACCCUAGAUCCGAUGCGCCUAGAAGGGGCCUAA